UCAUCAUCAUCAGCCUUUCAGAAGAAAAAAAAAAGAAAUAAAACAUCAUCAUCAAAUAUAUGACGAAGAGGCAGAAAGAUCGAAGGUGGUGGCCAACAACAACACGAAACUAAAACACAACUAACAAAUUAUUAUUGUUAUAUACACGAGUAAUUUAUUUAUUCUGCCCUUGUUUUUUCAUUUGAUAAAAGGGGUGUGUCUUUUUGUGUGUCUGUGUGGUCAAAGAACACACAGCUGACCUGACCUGAUCUGAGAUACAUACACAGAAUUGUUAAGCAGAAACGUAAUUAGGUAAAUGCAGAGCUAUAUAUUGAGAUAUGGGAAUGAAGAAGAAGGAAGGCAGCAGUUGGGUUUCUAGAUUCAAAAAGGUUUUUACAUCCAAACACAACCCCCCACUCUCGCCCUCGUCCUCACAUAAUGAGGAGGAGAAAAGUUUGAAGAAAGAAAGCAAGGGUGGUGUGCGUUCAAGGUUCAAACGUGCACUUUUCAGAGAGCCGAGCAGUAUUGAGAAAAUCUUGGAAGAUAUUGACCGACAUCAUUUCUUUGUUCCCCAGCCGCUGCUGCAGCAAUCCCAACCACAAUUAUCUGUUUCGCCUUCUUCUCUCGCAAGGCCUGCAUCUCCUCCUCCACCUCCAAGAAUCAACUCUCCUCCAAAUAUACAAAUAACCCCCAAACCAGAACCCACUGCAAGGCCUGCAUCUCCUCCUCCACCUCCAAGAAUCAACUCUCCAAAUAUACAAAUAACCCCCAAACCAGAACCCACUGCAAGGCCUGCAUCUCCUCCACCUCCAAGAAUCAACUCUCCUCCAAAUAUACAAAUAACCCCCAAACCAGAACCCACUCUACAACAACAACAUUGUUCAGCUACAAGGAUCCAGGCUGCCUAUAGAGCCUAUUUGGCAAGGAAGAAGGUUAAAGGCCUGACAGGUCUUGUGAGACUUCAAGGAGUUGUGAGAGGUCAAAAUGUGAAACGACAGACAGUCAAUGCCAUGAAGCAGAUGCAGCUGUUGGUCAGAGUUCAAACACAAAUUCAAUCACAAAGAAUCCAAAUGCUACAAAACCAACGACAACCUAACAAACAACUUGAGACUUCACUUGGCAAGGACCUGUCAAAGAUGGGCGAUGGAUACUGGGAUGAUAGCUUAAUUACAAAAGAGGAAAGAGAUGCAAGGUUGCAGAAAAAAGUGGAGGCAGUUAUUAAUAGAGAAAGAGCCAUGGCAUAUGCAUAUUCCCACCAGUUAGGGAAAGGCACACCAACAUCAGCUAAAACUUCCCUAAUUGACACCCGAACUGGUGGAUACCCCUGGUGGUGGAAUUGGUUAGAACGUCAAUUGCCUUCUCAAACCCAACCUAUGAAGGCAAGCACAACUCAUGACAUCCAAACGCAGCAUGACCAUCUUGAAACACCACCUACGCCAAUGUCAUCAAGGUCCAUGGUUCCUCCAAGAAGCAGUACUCCCCCAAACCGGAUGAUGAGAUAUUCUAAAGCGAGAGGAGGAGGGGGUUCUCCCUAUCCAGUGAGGGAUAAUGAUAGCUUGAUGAGCUGCCCAGCAUUUUCAGUUCCAAACUACAUGAGCCCUACGAUAUCAGCAAAGGCUAAAGCAAGACCAACAAGUAAUCCGAAGGACAGGGUCACCCCCAGCACUCCAGGUAGCGAGACGUCAUCUAAAAGAAGGUUUUCAUUCCCUUUUACUCCAAACAAUAAGUGGAUUAAGCACAAGUCUCCAGGAUCUAUAGGGGGUUUGAGCAUGGAUUCUGCACCAGCCUCGGUAGGGAGGAAACCAUUUAACAGAUUUGUGUGACAUAGUUGUAUUAGCGUGAUUUAAGUUUGUAAUUUUAUUCAUUGUGUGUUUUGAUAGGGUCUAUAGGUGUAUGUAUGCUGUUACUAUAAUAGGAUGGAUUGAAUGAUGAUAUACUAAUUUAUUGACCCGCAUAUAUUAAAAGUUAUGAUGGAUGAUAAGACAUUUUUUACAA